UUCUAUCAACAUGGUUUCUAUGCUACUUUAGCAAUGACGUAAACUUUUGAAACUUUAGUUAUGAUGUUAUGAUAGUUUAACCCUUUAAAAUAUAAGUAUUAAUACGUUACUUCUGAUAAAUAACUUGGAUUAUUACACCUCAAACGAUAGAGACAUAAUAAAAUGGCUACUGGAAGAGGUCAUACGGUUGGAGGAGUACAUGUACGUUGGGGUAAGCCUGGCGGGACAGGACUUGUCGAGGCCUCUGCAGGAGUGCCUGUCGACCUUGAAAAGAAAACGGCUUAUUUCUUACGCAUGCAUUUGCUGAUCGUUAAAGAGGUAACCAACUUGUUAAGGGCACGAUUUGACAUGGCUGUACCGCGACAUAAACUUCAUGCGACGUUAAAAAAGUUUAUGAAAACUUUAAAUCAUGCAAAGAAAAAUAAUCUUCUAACUACAAUGCAGUGGGGUCUUUUGUUUUCGAAAUAUCAUCAACCGUCUUCGGACACUUUCGACGUUACUCUCCUAGCUUAUCUACUAAGAAACAUCUGUGGACUUAAGUCAAAAUCGAAAUGGUGGGGUGAACCUGACAACCGCAAGAUUCCUGAAAAUGUAGUUACUGCGGAAGCUGACAUUGCUCGAUUAAUGAACUUAAGGAAUGAUAUGCUGCACAAACCAGUUGCUUCAUUAGAGCCGGCAGAAUUUGAAGAAAUGUGGGACCUAGCAGAAAAUGUCAUGAUCAGACUAGCUACAAAAUUGAAAAUACAAGAUCAGAAGCAGAAAAUUGAUGAUUUGAAGGCUCGACAACUUGAUUUAGUUACAGCUGAAAUGAGUAUAAUGAGUAUAAAAGCUCAUACAGAAUAUUUUCUACAAGAUUAUCAAGACGAUCUUCAAUAUGUAGAAACUACUACCUACUUACAAAGCAAAGUCAAUUUUAAAAGAUAAUAAUAUGGUAAUACUAAUUGGUCAUCAAGGGGAAGGUAAAACUACUAUGGCUGCAAGACUUGCCUUACAUGCAAGUCCCUCCCCACGUAAGUGCCUAAAACUUGCAGCGCCAUCUGAUUGGCGAAAAAUCGAUUUGUCAUUAAAACGUUUCGAUACAAUUAUCAUAGACGACAUAUUUGGUGCUGGUGCUUUGGAUCAGAAGUUGGUCGGUGAUUGGCGAAAUCAUCUGAAUGAACUAGAAAGAGCAUCAAAGAAAAAUGAUGUGCGAUUGAUAAUAACAUCCAGGCAUUACAUUAAUGAGGCAUCUAAAGAGGAACUUGGUUCUCUGCCAAUGUUCACGAACGAUAACAAAGCUCUUCUGCUGCUUACAUCCUCUGAGCUUACAUCUGCCGAGAAAACUAAAAAUUCUAAAAAUGCAAGCGGCAAAACACGACAAAUAUUUGGAUGACGAAAUAAUACAUGA